AUGUUGAGAAGAAGUCUCCCUCUUUGCAAAAGGAGGAGGAGAAGGAGAAACAUUGUUGUUCCUCUGGAUCUAGUGAUCGAGAUUCUUAACCGAUUGCCUGCAAAAUCCGUAGCUAGGUUUAUGCUCGUGUCAAAAUCAUGGGGCAAAAUCAUAUGUAGCAAGAGUUUCAUUAGAUCGUUCCCUUUUCAAUCAUUGACUCAGCCUCUGAGUCUACUAAUAGCUUUCCAAUACCUAGGUCCACAUCAGGGACACCUAAACUGCUGCUUCUUCUCUUCUUCUUCCAUGUCAUCGUCAUCAAUAUCAACUUCAUUUCUAUCCAGAAUAGGACGUCCCUCCUUAAGUCAUUGUUUAUCCUGGUACCCUAUUUAUUACGUUAAUGGUAUGAUCAACACCGGACGUGUCAUUAGUAACCCUUGCACUGGUAAGUCCAUAACUUUACCUAGGCUUGUUAAAAUAACCAAGGAACUAAGGCUAACUAGGCGCUUUUUCGGGUAUGAUCCUGUCAAUGAUCAGUACAAAGUAUUAUGCAUGUCACACAAGAAUCUUGAAGGACAAGUAACAGCUCGGUGGUAUAACGACUUUCGAGUGUUCACAUUGGGAGCUAAACGAUGGAGACUGAUAGAUUGUGGCAUUCCUCAUACGCCUGAGUCUAACGGUCUGUGUAUGGAUGGGUUUGUGUACUACAUUGCGUACACGGAGACUGGAAUGUGUCUGAUGAGAUUCAGUUUGAAGUCUGAGAUGUUUGAUAUUUUUGCUAGCGUUUCUGAGCAUCUUAGUCCUUUGGUUAAUAAAGACAACGGUUCUAGAAUUUUAAUAAACUACCAUGGUAAAGUAGCAACAGUGGUUCAACCUGUUAGCACUGUGCCUUUAGUUUAUUUGUUCGUUUUCGAAGCUGGACAACAUGAUUUUAAAGAGAUGUCUAUCCAUAAUCUUCCUCAGCCUAAUUUACGUGUAAAAGGUAUUGUUAAUCAUACGGGUGACAUUAUUUUUGGACUUAACUGUUCUAGAACUGAGGCUAAUGUUUUCCGCUACGAUCCCAAGGGAGGUAGUUUUAAGAAGAUGAAGAUUGAAGUUGAGACAAGCAAGAUGAUGUUAAUUAGCGAGUUUAGUGUACCAAGUUAUUUUGUGGGUUACGUAGAGAGUCUUAGAGCAUCUCUAAGUAAGAAAAACUCAAAAUAUUUUGAAUAA